CCAGUGGAAACUCCAGUCUUGUGGUUACAACUUGCAAGCCAGCAUAGAAAAGACCAAAUAUGUGUGACGACGACGAGACCACUGCCUUAGUGUGCGACAAUGGCUCUGGCCUGGUCAAGGCUGGGUUUGCCGGUGAUGACGCUCCCCGUGCUGUCUUUCCAUCAAUUGUUGGACGUCCCCGUCACCAGGGUGUGAUGGUGGGUAUGGGUCAGAAAGACAGCUAUGUGGGAGACGAGGCCCAGAGCAAGAGAGGUAUCUUGACUCUGAAGUACCCCAUUGAGCACGGCAUCAUCACCAACUGGGACGACAUGGAGAAGAUCUGGCACCACACAUUUUACAAUGAGCUCCGUGUGGCCCCAGAGGAACACCCUACCCUGCUGACUGAGGCCCCCCUCAACCCAAAGGCCAACAGGGAGAAGAUGACCCAGAUCAUGUUUGAGACCUUCAACGUCCCUGCCAUGUAUGUGGCCAUUCAGGCUGUGCUGUCCCUGUACGCCUCCGGUCGUACCACUGGUAUUGUGCUGGACUCUGGUGAUGGUGUGACCCACAAUGUGCCUAUCUAUGAGGGUUAUGCUCUGCCCCAUGCCAUCAUGCGUCUGGAUCUGGCUGGUCGCGACCUGACAGACUACCUGAUGAAGAUCCUGACUGAGCGUGGCUACUCCUUCGUCACCACUGCUGAGCGUGAGAUUGUGCGCGACAUCAAGGAGAAGUUGUGCUACGUGGCUCUGGACUUUGAGAAUGAAAUGGCCACUGCCGCCUCAUCCUCCUCCCUGGAGAAGAGCUAUGAGCUGCCCGACGGUCAAGUCAUCACCAUUGGCAAUGAGCGUUUCCGCUGCCCCGAGACCUUGUUCCAGCCUUCCUUUAUCGGUAUGGAGUCUGCUGGUAUCCAUGAGACCGCAUACAACAGCAUCAUGAAAUGCGACAUCGAUAUCCGUAAGGACCUGUACGCCAACAAUGUGCUGUCUGGUGGUACCACAAUGUACCCUGGUAUUGCUGAUCGUAUGCAGAAGGAGAUCACUGCUCUGGCCCCCAGCACCAUGAAGAUCAAGAUCAUUGCUCCCCCUGAGAGGAAAUACUCCGUCUGGAUCGGUGGCUCCAUCCUGGCCUCUCUGUCCACCUUCCAGCAGAUGUGGAUCAGCAAGCAGGAGUACGAUGAGGCUGGCCCCUCCAUCGUCCACAGGAAGUGCUUCUAAUUCUCCAACCAGCUCCACAAACUGUCACACCAAUCACACCAGCCUUUCUUCUGUAUCUAUAUUUCUACUGUGCCUUUUGCUGUAUAUACAUGUAUUGUUUUAAUAAAAAUAGAUGCUUUUAACAAUAA